AAGUGCAAGCCUCCUUAGCUCGCAGGCACGUAUGGCGACUUGCAUCGCGACGCUCGCAAACGAAAACACUGCGAACCUUGCGAAGCUAUGGGAAGCUCCAAACAUAAACACAGGUCUCGAUCAGGUUCUCGGACAAGAGAACAUCGCAAGGAAGAUCGCGACAAGGAGUAUAAGAGGAGUCAUGGCAAGCACAAGAAACACAGCAGGGAUUCAUCCCGUGAGCACACUAAAGUUCAUCACAGCCGGAGGAGGAGGAGUCCUUCAAGGAGCUCAACGGAUUCAUCAUCAUCAUCAUCAUCGUCAGGCCACCACAGGCUUGCAAAGAGUGUGGAUGCUGCCCUCAUUCAAGAGCUGGAGAGGGAACGACAGCGUCUUAAGCUAGAAAAGAAAAAAGCGAAAGAAGCAAUGAAGGCGACAGAAACGCCAGAGCAAAAGCGGCUUCGCAGGCUGGCCAAAAAGGAAGCCAAAGAACGAAAGAGGAAAGCAGAGAUGGGCUGGGACGAAGAGUACCUAGGAUACACAAACACAGACAAUCCCUUUGGUGAUGCCAAUCUUCUCAAGACCUUCAAGUGGGAGAAAAAGUUUGAAAAAGAGGGUCUCAAGCACGCUCCCGAAGAAGAACUUGAGCUCAGGAACAAAUUGAAGCUCGAAGAAAAUAGACGGGAACUAGAGAAGGUGAAGCAGAGACGUCUGGAAAGGGAACGGGAGAGGGAACAGAGGGAAGAGGAGCUUACAAGGAUCCAACGUGAAAAAGAAGCUGCUCAGUUCGAAGAAUGGGAAAAGCAAGAGGACAUUUUUCAUCUACAACAGGCCAAGUUGAGGUCAAAGAUUCGUAUAGAUGACGGGAGAGCGAAACCUAUUGACUUGCUGGCAAGAUACAUAAGCGCUGAGGAAGAAGACUUUGGUGUUGAAAUGUUGGAGCCGUACAUUUACUUGAAUGGUCUGACCACACAAGAUCUUGAAGACUUGCAAGAAGACAUCAAAGUAUACAUGGAACUAGAGAGCAGCCGCAACCUGAACUACUGGAGAGACAUCCAGAUCAUCGUGGAAGAAGAGUUGCGGAAGCUACGACGACUGGACACUUCGUCGAUUGAAAACCAAAUUGGCGAGCGCCGGGAGGGAAUCAAUUCGUCCGUGAGCACCGAGGUCGUGGAAGUCUUCAAGGGAAAGACACCUAGUCAGCUUCAAGCCUUGUACCAGCAAAUCGAAAAAAAAAUUCACAGCAAGGAAGAAGGGCUGGAUGUUCCUUACUGGGAAACGCUCCUGUCCCGUCUGAAGGCCCACAUGGCUCGAGCCAGACUUCGAGAGAGGCACCAAGAAAACCUGCGGCAUAAACUGUACCAGUUGAAGCAAGAGCAAGGCGUCGAGAGUGGACCCCUGUUUCCCUGCGUCAAGCAAGAAGCUGAAUCUCUAGGCGAAUCUGAACCAAUUGCACAACCAGGGCCUUCGAGGCAAGAAGUAGUACCAGACUCAAUUGCUGUAAAGCAAUCGCCAGAUUCAGAAAGCGAAGACAGUGAAGAUACAGAAGAGAAGAAGGAUGAAGAACCAAUGGAGGAACCAGAGGAUCCGAUACAGAAGUGUGAAGAGGAAUAUCGGACGGGUGGUUACAGUCCAAAGCUGCUACGACCUGAAGACCUUGAGCCAGCGACCAUACUCAUUGAUACCGUCGAAGAUAAUGAGAGAUUAGAGUAUGCCAGGCGCCAGCUAAUUGGAACAGGGAAAGUGCAGGACAUGGUCACUCAGGAGGAGCGGGCCUUUGAAGUUGAGGCUAGGAAAGGGAUGGACAACGAUGAAGCUUCAUUUAGCGUUGAGUCGCCAGUGGAUAAGACGUACUUAUGGUCAGACAAGUACAGACCUAGGAAGCCACGGUACUUCAAUAGGGUCCAUACGGGUUUUGAAUGGAACAAGUACAACCAGACCCACUAUGACAUGGACAACCCUCCUCCAAAAAUAGUUCAAGGAUACAAGUUCAAUAUUUUCUACCCGGAUCUCAUCGACAAGCAGAAGACACCAGAGUAUUUUCUUACACCAAUUGAAGGCAACAAGGACUUUUCAAUUUUGCGAUUCCAUGCAGGACCACCAUACGAAGACAUUGCAUUCAAGAUCGUCAAUCGAGAAUGGGAGUACUCCUACAAGCGUGGUUUCCGCUGCCAGUUUCACAACAACAUAUUCCAGCUGUGGUUUCAUUUCAAGCGGUACCGCUACCGCAGGUAAACACGCUGUGCUCCGACGUGUCACCUGUAUCAUACUGUACAAUAAAUAGUCCCUAUUUUAUUUA